AUGGGUGAGCUCAGUCUCUCGGAUUCAAAGCCUUUGACCGCCCAUGCUCGCUCUACGUACGACUCCUGGGCGAGAUUGAAAUAUCAUCUAGCCCAGUCGACCGUGGUUCUCGACGGGCAAUCACUCCAGAUUCCUGAUCUCGUCGCCGUUGCCAGGCAUGGCUCCAAAUCGGUGCUUGACAAGUCACCCCACCUCAUUGCGAGGAUAACCGAGAGUGUCGAAAUGCUCCAGCGCCACCUUGACAGGGGCGACCUGGUAUACGGAGUUAACACCGGCUAUGGCGGUAGCGCUGAUACGCGGACCAAUGAUGUCGUCUCCCUUCAAAGUGCUCUUAUUCAACACCAGCAAAGCGGAAUCAUCUCCAGUAACGACACCGGAAGGCCCUUUCUCGGCGAACGCCAGGGCGCUCUUCACCACGUCGAUGACUACGGUACCUUGUCCAUGCCUACCUCCUGGGUCAAAGGCUUGAUGCUUCAGCGUGUUAACAGCAUUGUGCGUGGUCACUCGGCUGUCUCCCUUCCUGUCAUCGAAGCCAUCAUGAACCUGCUCGAGCACGACAUCACUCCGGUCAUUCCGUUGCGCGGAAGCAUAUCCGCUUCCGGAGACCUGCAGCCGCUUUCCUACGUUGCCGGCGCCAUUCAAGGCAGCCCGGACAUUUUUGUGCGCGUCGGAACUCCCUCUCAGGUCAUGCCAGCCAGCGUUGCGUUGCAGUCCCACAACCUGCAACCCGUGGUCCUUGCUGCUAAAGAGGGGCUUGGGCUGUUGAACGGCACAUCUGCCUCCGGUUCCGUGGCAUCACUUGUGGUCUACGAAACCAAUCACCUGGCCCUUCUUACACAGACACUUACUGCCAUGGCUGUGGAGGCUCUCAAAGGGACUGCCGAGUCCUUCAGUCCUUUCAUUGCCAAAGUACGGCCACAUAGAGGUCAAGUAGAAGUUGCUUCAAACAUCUACGGCUUCCUCCAAGGUUCUCGCCUAUCAUCUGGCCUGGACGGCGAGAAGGACAUGCACAUGGCCGGGUUGUGUCAGGACCGCUACCCGUUGCGCACCUCAUCCCAGUGGAUAGGGCCGCAGCUUGAGGAUCUUCUCCUUGCCACCGAGCAGGUGUCAGUGGAGCUCAAUUCAACUACCGACAACCCAUUGAUGGAUGUCAAUACCGACCUUAUUCACCAUGGCGGCAAUUUUCAAGCAGCUUCCAUCACCUCAGCCAUGGAGAAAGUUCGCGUUUCAAUCCAGAUGUUCGGGAAGCUGCUUUUCGCCCAAGGGACGGAGCUUCUCAACUCCGGCUUAAGCAGAGGUCUACCUCCCAAUCUCGCAGCGGAUGACCCCAGCCUGAGUUUCACCUGCAAAGGAAUCGACAUUAAUCUGGCCGCCUACAUGUCUGAGCUCGCGUAUCUUGCCAACCCCGUGAGCAGUCAUGUGCAGAGCGCCGAAGUUCACAACCAGGCCGUGAACUCGGUAGCCCUCAUCUCAGCCCGCUACACUUUUCAAAGCAUCGAAGUCCUCAGUCAGAUGUGUGCGGCUUAUCUCUUUGCCCUCUGUCAAGCUCUCGACCUCCGAGUCCUUCAGUCAAAAUUCCUCGAGGAGACUUACGAAGCGUUUAACGAUAUUAUCAUCAAAUCUCUCACUACCGCUGAUCCUGAUCAAGCAAGCUCCGUUGACCCCAAGGAACUUCAAGAAGAAGUUUGGACCGCAUUGAGGGACAAGUGGAACGCUUCACCCAACGAGGAUCUUGCGCCUCGUGCAGCCAGCACCGCCCGCGCCGCCGCCAUGACAUUUUUGUAUCGAGCCCCCAACGCUUCCAUUCAGGCUCUUGCUUUCGAAGAGUCUAUCAAAAAUGUAUUACAGCAGAAGUUUGCGGACCUGCGCACACGAAUGUUUGAAGAAUACAUGGAUCUCACCCCUGAUUACCUUGGUCAAGCUUCGAGGAAGAUGUAUCGCUUCGUGCGUGUAGACCUUGGUGUCCCUUUCCACAGAGGCCUAGUGGAUUGCCCGGAAUAUGGGAGCCGGCAGUUUGGUGAUGGGAGCGACACCAGGAAGAAGAUGACGGUCGGCAGCUGGAUCAGUGUCAUCUAUGAGGCGCUGAGAGCAGGAAUUUUGCACAAGCCGGUCAUGGAGGCGCUUGUGGAAAACGGUGUCUGA